AUGCGCGGAAUUUACAGCGUAGUCAGCCUGUCCCUGCUCCUGGGAGCCUGGGCUGGGCCAGUCCAGAAAAGAUGGGGCUUCAAACCCAUCCGCAAUCCAGCAUACCCCCUCGACAUAGUCGACAAGCUCGAGGAGUCCAUCAUGCCCAACGUCGAAGCGUGGAUGGCCAAGCGGGCGGGCAAGACGAACAACUGCACGCUGGAGAAUGCCUCGAUCAGAAGGGAGUGGAGCGACCUCUCGGUCGACGAGCGCAAGGAAUACAUUCGCGCCGUGCUCUGCCUCCAGUCGAAGCCGCCCAAGGCGCCCAAGGACAAGGCGCCCGGCUCGCUGAGCCGGUUCGACGACUUUGUCGCCACGCACAUGACCAUGGCCGGCAUGCUGCACAGCCCGACCAACCUCUUUGCCGCGCACCGGUAUUUCAUCCAUGUGUAUGAGAAGGCGCUGCGUGAGGAGUGCGGGUACAAGGGGUCCCAGCCGUACAUGAACUACGACCGCUACGCCGACGACCCGGUCCACUCGCCGCUCUUCGACGGCAGCGAGUCCAGCAUGGGCGGCAACGGCGCGCCGAGCGACUACCCGGGCGUGCCGCAGCCGUUUCCGCGGCCGUACGACAAGAUCCCCAGCGCGGGCGGCGGCGGGUGCGUCACCGAGGGCCCCUUCAAGGACAUGGUGGUCUCGCUGGGGCCCAAGUCGACCAUUGUCAGGGGCGUGCCGGCCAACCCGCGUGCCGCCGACGGACUGGGAUCGAACCCGCGCUGUCUCCGCCGCGACGUCAACAAGUUCUCGGCGGCCGGGGCUAAGGCGAAUUAUACCCACUUCACGAUCGUGAACAAUACGGAUAUUGAUGGGUUUUAUAAUCGGUAUUUGGGCCAGCCGUUCUUGAAGGGCGAUCCUCAUCCGUGGGGGUGCAUUCACAACGCAGGGCAUUUCACCAUAGGCGGCGACCCAGGCGGCGACUUCUACUGCUCCCCCGGCGACCCCGUUUUCUACUUCCACCACGGCAUGCUCGACCGCGUCUGGUGGAUCUGGCAGAUGCAGGAUCCCGAGCACCGCAUCGACGCCGUGCCGGGCCAGGCCGCCAUGCCCAUGCCACCGCACGAAGGGCAUGGGGGUAUGAAACCGCGGGCCGCCCCAAACGUGAGCGAUCUGGUCGUCGAUCUCGGCUGGACGGCGCCGCCUGUCAAGCUGAUGGAUUUGAACGAGCAGCUUGGGGGGCUUGGCGGGGAGCUGUGUUAUAUUUAUGUUUGAGGGCAU